GUUCCGAAAAAAAUAACACAGAUAAUUUAUAAUUUUUGUACAACAGUGGAAGACCAGUAGUCCUAAAUAUCACUACAUGUAAACUGAAAUAUCAAGGAUUUGAAUCUUGUUGAAUGAAAGGCGCUCAAAGUAUUACACCAUCUUUGCGAAUCGCACAUUUAAUUUGUAAGAAGCGAGUUUCAAACGCUGAUGAAACUCGUUGAGGAUUUACAGCAUAUUAUAUAGCAAGAUCGAAGGUCAGUUCUUCGGGAAAACACACAGCACUAGACAAUUGGUAUUGAAACAUGAACGAGAGUAAUGCACCCACCGUCUCCGCUAAAUCUUCCAUCUGGCUAUGGCUGUUCCGCCCAUUUUCCAUCAUAAUCACCUGUGCGGGCCUGGUGAUGUUUGUUGCGGGAAUCACCUCAUUUUCAAUUCAUGGAGAUGCCAGUGGACACCGGAUCCUUCUGACUCCCGUUGGAGGCUUCUUGUUAAGUUUUGGCGUGUUGCUGGCUAUCGGAAUACAAUGUCGGGUUCGAUUGAGGGAAAGAGAACGGCAAGUGGAAUUGCGUCCUAACAGCGAUAUAGUAGAUCUGACAUCGGAGUUUGCCUCCGCUAACAUUUCCACGGAAGCAACUUCACCGGGUAUGUGGCGUCACUCACCGGCAAUGCUCCCAACAUGCCCUGGUCCUCUCCGAAACGAAGACAUUCCCAGCGCAAGGUCCAUUUCCCCAUUAGUGAUUGAUAUGACUUGCUUGGUAAAUAUCGAUGAAGUUUUAUUAUCAUUGGAGAAUCCAGAGGCAUUUGAGGUCCCCCCGUCUUACGAGGAAGCGAUGUCUUUGGCUUGACAUCGUUGCCACCCUGACUUAGUCUCCACUCGCAGGGGAUGGGUGUGUUAGCCUGUUGUAAAUUAAAGCUUACUGCAUAAAAUGUACACUGAGAUGUUUUUAAUCUUCUUUGUCAGGGGCGUUACUAGGGGGGGGGGGAAGUCCAGAGGUGCCGGUUUACCCCUCCCUCGUUGGUGAGAUGACUUUGUUUGACGUCAACAACAUUCUUACUUUGUUGGCGAGAACGCUCGAAUCCAAAGACGCAUAAGUUAGAGCAGCGGUACGUAGCCACUUCACGUGAGAGGUGCCAAAAUUCUUAACUUUGACUCCUUCCUUUCAAAGCCUCUAGCUACGCCCCUGUAAGUUCCACUAAUUUCCUAAUUAAAUUUUAUCUUCGCUUCACGUACGUAGUUCUUGGCGAGUAAUCGCAUGUUUGCAUGAUAUAAGGGGUUGGUUCACCUUGCAUUUAACUUCCCUUUGUUUUUGUUUCAAUGUAAAAAGUAUUAUUCCAAAUAUAUAUCAUUGUUCCUUACAAACAACAACGAAAAGGAUAAAGCUGUACGAAUAUACCAGGAUGUUAUCAUAUUUCUUAAGCGAUUGUAAUCUUAGUACAAUGUGAACAGCCAAGGAGAGAGAAUGAGCUGCUGGGAUAAAUUGUAAUAGUUUAUGGAAUGAUUAUGAAAUUAUUUUGAUAUCCUAAUAACAGCUGCACUUAAGAGGAAGAAAAACAAAAAAUUUACUUUGCAUCAGAAAGGUGCAUUGCCGUCUGUGAAUCCUGUACAUAACGUACUCGAUGCCUUUAGCAGAGCAUUUCAUUAGUAAAGAAAUUUAAAAUUUUCAUGCGGAUGUUAGAUUUAGGAAUAGUCCACUUACGAAUUCUAGAAACCUUUACUUUCGAAACGAGGCCAAGAGUUAAACAUUUAUUGCGAAAAUAAGCGAUAUUUGCAAGAGCAUGAAACUCUUUUUCGUAUCGAAGCUUUUGUUUCUUCCCCCGUUUUGAAACAGAGAUUUCAUGCACUUCGGAAAUUGCUUCUUUUACAGGUAUGGUAUCUACGUCUUGCGUACCUAUAACUGUAGCGCGCAUUUGCAAGAACGUGCUUGACGGCAUUGCGAAAGCCAGCAUCGCGCUAUUUCAGAAUCUCGUUUACAUUCAGUCGCCGGGAAUUCAAAGAUAGCAUGAUAUUAAACCAGUUAAAAAUUUCAAUGAUUUUCUUACAAAGAUAUUUGAAAAUAAGUAGUUUGGAAAUCGAUGAAGGAAAGUGAGGCACAAUCACAAGCCUGAACACUUGGCUUCGAUGUCUUCCAGUUUUGCCCCGAAUUAAUGGCUUUCAAUUCUUCGUAGCUGAAAGAGAAUACUGUCAAACUUGACAUCGACCAUAUAGCUCCACGAGGAUGAAAGUGUAGCUUCUCUACGCAAUUUCAAAACAUUAUUCAUUCAACAAGUGCUAAGAAUUGAUAAGCAUAUCAAUCAAUUGGAAGGUGUUAUCCUGUUCCAACACUAAGUUCUCUCGAAUGCUACUUUAGGAGGAAUGAAUGUGAAACACUUAGAAGAGAGAAUUGUAAAUUAAAAAUGAUAGGAGCUCUAGUCUUAAA